AUGACCGGGAACAAGCAGUUGCGAUUCCGAGACAUUUACUCCGGUGCGACAAAUCAUUGCCGAUCAUUGUUGAUCGCCCCCUCAAAACAGCAAGCCAAGACCUUGUGUACUCGAGUGUAUACUGGUGCGGAAUUUGAAAACUGGGGUCUGACUGUCCAGCAUACGCCCUCUUACACAUUUGUCCCUACUACUGUUGAGGGAGUCAAGAACCUUAUUAAAUGGGCAAAGGCGGGUAGCAAGCGUGUUCGCGCUGCGGGUUACAGACACACUUGGGUAAGUAUGUAUUCCCAGGACGGCGAAAUCUUUGUCUCAAUGUUAGACUUGGAGACCGCAACAUCAAUCCCGGAUCCUUCUUCUCUCCUACCGAGUAAGGAUUACACGGGAAACGAGUUCAAGGUUAUCGAACUUGAGACCCAUGAUGUCCCGAAGAGUGGCGGGGAGAAGAGACUGGUGAGGAUCGGUGCUUCUGUCACCAAUGAAGAUUUCAGGAGAUGGGCUAUCGCAAAUAAUGCCUGGGCUAUCCCAUUGAACGUUGUCAUGGUCGAAAUCACUCUUGGCGGCUCAAACGCUCUCAUGUGCCAUGGCGGAGGCAUCAGGCACAAGACCAUCAGUGAUUUGGUCCGCAGAAUCGAAUAUGUGGAUGCCAAUGGCGAACACCAAAAACUCACCGAUCCAGCUCAACUCAAGGCUGCAGCCGGCUCAUUUGGCCUUCUUGGUAUCGUCACCCAUAUCACAAUCGAACUAGACGCUGUGACCUAUGCCAACCUCCGACCCUUCAAGCAGGACAUUGGACUCGCCAUUCCUCCACCCCCGGGCUUCACCGUCCCCGCUGCGAUCCGCAAAUCCUACAGUCCAACGCAACUCGAAGCGGCGCGACAUGACUUCAUCCGGAAGGCCGAAAACAACUACUAUUCAGAGUGGUUCUGGUUCGCGUACCAACCCAAAGCUUAUGUCAACUGCUGGGAUAAUACCGAGGACGCAAGCGGGGUGAUCGACUACCCGACGUACCCAGAUCUAUUCCUGCAAUGGGUGGAAGGGUGGCUAGGCGGCGUGAUAAACGACGAUCCACUAUUCAGGUCAUUCCCUGGUCGCUGGCAAGCUGUUAUCUUCUCAUCACUCGCGAUGUUGUCCCUACCAUCCACCAAACCCCAGGAGCCAGGGAUAAAAACCCACCUAAUCAAUGGCCUCCACUUCCGCCGCGGCAUACAGAACAUGCGCGUCCGAGACAUGGAACUGCAGAUCCCAAUUCCACCUCUCGGGUCAGACACUACGAAGCCGGACUGGACUAUCGCCCAGCGCGCCUGGUGGGACGCUAUCGGCGCUGUCUACGAGGACCCCAAGGCGCCCAUGCGUAUCGCGCUGGAAAUGCGCAUCAUGGGAGACAGCGAACUCAUUAUGGCAGCGCAGACUAAUAAUACCUUUGGAACGGUAAGUAUUGAGAUUAUAACGUCAAUGGCGGCCGCGGCGGAUGGGGUUUGGGAACCGUUCAUGCAGGAGGUUGCGACCAGGUGGAUGAAUUAUACGGGGCCCAACGGCGCGUAUUUGAACACCAGGCCACAUUGGGCGAAGGAGUGGGAUGGAAUGAAGGUUCAUGGCAAGCCGUGGAAGCAGUACCUCAGGGAGACUUCUUACAAGGACGAAAUCCCCGCGUUCAAGGCUGCAUUGGCACAAAUCGGUAAGGCGCAAGGCUGGACACUGCAGGACUUGGCGAACAGGUUUUCAGUGCCUUUGUUAGAUUACUUAUUCUUUUAGACCGUGUGGGGAGGUGGGAAUGGCGCUUGUAGCUUAAUUCAGUAAUAUACUAAUUUUUUAGCUUAGAAGAUUUUAGCUUAGAAGAUUAA